AUGGCUGUACCGGCAUUCGAAACAACAUUUGCGGUGCCUAUGACCUGCGAGGCUUGCAUCAAAGACAUUGAAGGGUCUCUCAGCAACUUGAGUGGUAUCAACAAGAUCACCGCCAACCUUAAAGAACAGCUUGUUUCUAUUGAAGGCACAGCAGCGCCUUCCGCAAUUGUUGAUGCGCUGCAAGCCAGUGGGCGAGAUGCUAUUCUUCGUGGAUCCGGAAAGUCGAACAGCGCUGCUGUUUGCAUCCUGGAGUCACAUGCCCCUCACAUCGAGAAUAAGGUUCGGGGACUCGUCCGUAUGGUCGAAGUAGCACCGUGCAUGACUAUCAUCGAUCUGAGUAUUCGAGGAUUAUCACCUGGUACUUAUCAUGCCACCGUUCGCGAAGCAGGUGAUAUAUCUGAAGGUCCGGAAUCAACGGGCGGUAUCUGGGAAGCAUUGAAGGCUAAGGGCGAAGGCAAGCCAAGCCGAGGUGCCUUCGGCACUGUCGAGGUAGGGAAGGGUGGUAUUGGCUCUGUCUUCCUGGAUAGGCCAAUUCACAUCUGGGAGAUGAUUGGAAGAAGCAUUGUUGUUGCAAGACAGCAGGAUGGAAAGUUCGACAAGAAUGACCCAGACACAUUAGUCGGUGUUAUUGCACGCAGCGCUGGCGUAUGGGAUAACGAUAAAACAGUAUGUUCCUGUUCAGGAAAGACAGUUUGGCAAGAGAGGGAGGAGCAGCGCGAUCGUGGUAUGUUGUGA